AUGGGUAAUAACUGUGUUGGGCCAAGCACUGCCAAAAAUGGCUUUCUACAGACUGUUUCUGCGGCAAUGUGGAGAACCAGAGUGCCAGAUGAUGCAGCUCCUCAGGGAAAUGGGGAAGCGGUUCCGGAGGUGGUGACCAAUAAAGGAUCUGAAGUGCCUUUCCAUGUUCAGGAUAAGCCUCCAGAGCAGGUCACCAUUCCUAAAGCUGAGAAAAGAGAAGAACCUGCACCUGAUAAGAAGGCUGAAGCAGCUGAGAAAAGAGAAGAACCUGUGCCUGAUCAGAAGGCUGAACCAGCUGAGAAACCUAAGAAGAAGUUUCCAGCUCCAGAAAUGAAGAGGGUUGGCAGUGCUGGUCUUCGGGUUAGCUCUGUUUUGCAAACUAGAACUGGCAAUAUCAAGGAGUUCUAUACCAUGGGGAAGAAACUAGGACAAGGGCAGUUUGGAACCACGUUUCUGUGCCUGGAGAAAACUACAGGGAACAAAUUUGCUUGUAAAUCGAUUGCGAAAAGGAAGUUGUUGACCGAUGAUGAUGUGGAGGAUGUGAGAAGGGAGAUCCAGAUCAUGCAUCAUUUGGCUGGCCAUCCAAAUGUUAUAUCCAUUAAGGGGGCUUAUGAGGAUGCGGUGGCGGUUCAUGUUGUUAUGGAGCUAUGCGCUGGGGGGGAACUCUUUGAUCGGAUUGUCCAACGCGGGCACUACUCGGAAAGAAAAGCUGCACAGCUUACUAGGACAAUAGUUGGAGUUGUUGAAGCUUGCCAUUCACUUGGUGUGAUGCAUCGUGACCUUAAGCCGGAGAAUUUUCUCUUUGUGAACCAACAAGAGGAUUCAUUGUUGAAAACAAUUGAUUUUGGAUUAUCAAUCUUCUUCAAGCCAGGGGAAAGGUAUUCUGAUGUAGUUGGCAGUCCUUAUUAUGUUGCUCCAGAGGUUUUGAAAAAGCGUUAUGGGGCAGAAGCUGAUGUUUGGAGUGCCGGAGUGAUUCUCUACAUUCUAUUAAGUGGAGUGCCACCCUUCUGGGCAGAGACCGAGCAGGGAAUAUUUGAGCAGGUUCUCCAGGGUGAGCUUGACUUUGAAACAGAACCUUGGCCUAACAUCUCCGAGAGUGCUAAGGAUUUGGUUAAGAAAAUGCUUCUUCGAGACCCCAGAAGGAGACUAACUGCUCAUGAAGUCCUGUGCCAUCCAUGGGUACAAGAAGAUGGUGUAGCUCCUGACAAACCUCUUGAUUCUGCUGUCCUAAGUCGUCUGAAGCAAUUCUCAGCUAUGAACAAACUCAAGAAAAUGGCUCUUAUAAUCAUUGCGGAGAGUCUAUCAGAAGAGGAAAUUGCUGGGCUUAAGGAGAUGUUCAAGAUGAUUGACGCUGAUGGCAGUGGUCAGAUCACUUUUGAAGAACUUAAGGCUGGAUUGAAAAGAGUUGGGGCUAACCUCAAGGAAUCAGAAAUCUACGAUCUAAUGCAAGCAGCGGAUAUAGACAACAGCGGCACCAUUGAUUAUGCAGAGUUUAUUGCUGCAACACUGCAUCUGAACAAAAUCGAGAAAGAGGAUCACCUCUUUGCAGCUUUCUCAUACUUUGACAAGGAUGGAAGUGGUUACAUCACUCAAGAUGAGCUUCAACAAGCUUGCGAGGAGUUUGGCCUACAAGAUGUUCGCUUAGAAGAGAUGAUCAAAGAAGCUGAUCAGGACAAUGAUGGGCGCAUAGAUUACAACGAGUUUGUCGCGAUGAUGCAAAAGGGAACUGUAGCAGCAACCCCAGGAAGGAAGGGACUAGAGACUAGCUUCAGCAUGGCGUUCAAAGAUGCGCGGAAACUCAACACCAGCCAGCAGUAA